GGAAAGGUCUGCGCCGCCGCCACCCACUGCCACCAUCGCCGCCACCGUUACCUAAUCAGAUCCCUGUCCUCGGCUGGAAUGCUUGCUUAUUCCUUCAAAAGGUUUUAAAGCAGAGACACAGGAGCAGAAAAUUUCAGAAUGCCGUCUGAAAGGUGCCUCAGUAUUCAAGAAAUGCGGACAGGCCGGAGGCUUUGUCAGUCCGAUUCUCACCACGAUGCUGUCCUGGCAGCCUUGAAUCAGCAGAGAAGUGAUGGUGUUCUCUGUGAUGUCACCCUCAUAGCUGAAGAGCAGAAAUUCCAUGCCCACAAGGCUGUCCUAGCAGCGUGCAGUGAUUAUUUCCGAGCAAUGUUCAGUCUAUGUAUGGUGGAAAGUGGAGCUGAUGAAGUAAAUUUACAUGGGGUGACUAGCCUUGGCUUAAAGCAAGCUCUGGAGUUUGCAUACACAGGACAGAUUCUGUUGGAGCCAGGAGUGAUCCAGGAUGUAUUAGCAGCUGGAAGUCAUCUUCAGCUACUGGAACUCCUCAAUUUGUGUUCCCACUAUCUCAUCCAGGAAUUAAAUAGCUUUAAUUACUUGGAUCUGUACAGACUUGCUGACCUCUUUAAUCUCACUUUGCUGGAGAAGGCAGUGAUCGAUUUUUUAGUGAAACACCUCUCUGAACUCCUGAAGAGUCACCCUGAAGAAGUUCUAACACUUCCUUAUUGCCUUCUUCAAGAGGUCCUGAAGAGUGACCAGCUGACGUCCUUAAGUGAAGAACAAAUCUGGCAGCUAGCAGUGAGGUGGUUGGAACACAACUGCCAUUACCAGUACAUGGAUGAGCUCCUCCAGUACAUUCGUUUUGGUCUAAUGGAUGUGGACACUCUUCAUACGGUUGCACUGUCUCAUCCUCUGGUCCAAGCCAGUGAGACAGCAACAGCCCUCGUCAAUGAGGCCUUGGAGUACCACCAGAGCAUCUAUGCACAGCCAGUGUGGCAGACGCGAAGGACCAGACCUCGCUUCCAGUCAGACACACUCUAUAUCAUUGGUGGGAAAAAACGUGAGGUCUGUAAAGUCAAAGAACUCCGGUAUUUUAAUCCAGUCGACCAAGACAAUGCCCUAAUAGCAGCAAUAGCAAACUGGAGUGAACUGGAACCGAUGCCUGUGGGCAGAAGCCACCACUGUGUUGCUGUCAUGGGGGACUUCCUCUUUGUAGCAGGGGGGGAAGUAGAGCAUGCUACUGGCCGGACAUGUGCUGUACGGACUGCCUGUCGCUAUGAUCCCCGUAGUAACUCUUGGGCUGAGAUCGCUCCCAUGAAAAAUUGUCGGGAACAUUUUGUGCUGGGAGCAAUGGAUGAAUAUCUCUAUGCUGUAGGAGGCCGCAAUGAACUUCGUCAAGUUCUGCCUACAGUUGAGCGAUAUUGUCCCAAGAAGAACAAAUGGACUUUUGUACAGUCCUUUGACCGGUCCCUUUCAUGUCAUGCAGGAUAUGUGGCAGAUGGUCUUCUUUGGAUAUCAGGUGGGGUAACUAAUACUGCACAAUAUCAGAACAGACUAAUGGUGUAUGAACCCAACCAGAAUCAGUGGAUCAGUCGAAGCCCCAUGCCACAGAGAAGGGUGUACCAUUCCAUGGCUGCUGUCCAGAGGAAGCUGUAUGUUCUUGGGGGCAAUGACCUGGACUAUAAUAAUGAUCGCAUCCUUGUGAGACAUAUAGAUUCUUAUAACAUAGAUACAGACCAGUGGACGCGCUGCAAUUUCAACCUGUUAACUGGUCAAAAUGAAUCCGGAAUUGCUGUCCAUAAUGGAAGAAUAUAUUUAGUUGGUGGCUAUUCGAUUUGGACAAAUGAGCCUCUGGCAUGUAUCCAGGUUUUGGAUGUUAGUAGAGAAGGCAAAGAAGAGGUGUUCUAUGGACCUACACUUCCUUUUGCUUCCAAUGGAAUAGCAGCAUGCUUCCUUCCAGCUCCAUAUUUCACAUGUCCUAACCUCCAAACCCUGCAAGUGCCUCAUCACAGGAUUGGUAAUGUCUGAGCAUCCCAGAUGUGCUGUUUCACACAAGUCAAGAGCAGGAGGAAAGAAAAGAAGAAGGUCACUGAAGCUCGACUAUUCGAUUGACUGUGGGCAUUGAGAAUGGAAGGAGUCAGUGCUCAGUGCUUCCUUGUCUUCUUGUUUUACACAUCUGUCUUAAAUUCAGAUACAUGGUAGUAAAAAAAAUCAUUUUCUAAAAUAUAUUCUUGAAAAACUCCCGUCAUUUUUUUCUCCUUUAUCACAUGUCAACAUACCAUAUGGUACAUGAUUUUUGUUUUAAUCGUGGUAUGGCCCAGUGACAACCUGUUACUUGCCUUUAUGUGGCCCCAUGUGUCUUUAAAUACAUUCCCCACAUGUCCUUCCAAGUUAGUGUUGUCCAGGAUUAUACAAUACUAUGUUAGCUGUGCAAAUUUAUUUCUUGCUAAUGACAUCACUGAUUGAACAAAAUAAUGGAUCUUUCAGUAUUAAACUUUUCACCGCUAAAAAAAACAAACAAUAACAACCAAAAAACUAUUACCUAUCCCCAUUGAGUAGAGGCUCUGCAUCACAGUAUGAUAAAUUUUUAAAUGUCAUAUUUUAUACAGGUAAUCUAAGAAUAACAGAAUGGAAAAAGGCUGGGGAAAAAAAGCCAGAAAAUUCUGAAUUCUUACACUAUUUUACUCACUCUGUGACCCUGGGCAAAAAGCAUAACCUUUCUCAAAUUUUAAGCUUCUGUAUUGUUUAAGCAGUGUAAUUAUCUCCUCUUUCCAUGCCAAAAGGAUGUUUUGAAGAUAAGACAAGCACUGUGAAGUGUUUUGACUUCUUAAGGAAAAAAAAUGUACUCCUAAAUUACAAGAUAUCACUACUGUCUUCACGAUCAUGUCACUGAGCACAGGGAGUACAGAUUCUUCUUAUGUUGAAAAAUGACCAGAUCCAACUUGAAAAGUAUGAAGUAUAUAAGAAAAUGUAUACAAAUAGUAGAUAGUCAUUAGGAUGAAGAGAGUUUACUUACUCCAUCUAUCUCUAACCUUGUACAAAUCCUUGCCUCAAGUAAUAGCUAUGAAACGUCCCUCAUUCAAACUCUGUUCAGUGAAAGAUGACAUUUAAAAGCUUAAAAAAAUUAGUUUGCGCUAAUUACAUACCAUAAAGUGCUUUGGCAUAAAUUUGAACCUAGAAAAGGCAGUUCUAAAGAAUUUAAAAGUUUUCUUACUUUAUUAAAGGUUAUGUCAGUCUUGAAUACUUAGGGGAUUCUUCUCCACCCUUUCCAUCCAUAUUUUAUUAUUAAUACUCUUAAUAAUGAAUUGGAAAUCUCUUUUCAGACCACAUUUGUAUCCUCUUUAUGUAAAAAAUAAAACAAACACUGCUUUCCACCUCCACAAACCCUACUAUUCAAAUACCAUAUCUGAUGUAUCAAUCCAAUAGGUAUAAAGAGUUUGUCUGAUCUAACUAUGAGCUAAUUUGCCUUUAUUGAGUUAAGAUUUUACUAUGACCCAUUUGUCCCCUAUAUAUUUUAAUUGCUCGCUGAUCCAAGACUCAUUUAAUAGGACACUGACAUUUUAUUCAUCCCAGUAUUUCCUGCACACUCAAUUGAAAGGAGUCAUGUAUUUAAUGAAUCAAAUCCUCAAUAAUAGCAAUGACUAAAUGCUGUUUCCCAAAAAUCACCAAAGCAUUGAAAGAAUUUUAAAAUAAAAAGUCAGCUCUUAGAUAUUAAUCUUUUAAAAGACAUCAUAUAGUAAAAUAUCCACUAAUUAGAAUCUUAUUUUGUUGUUGUUGGGGUGGGGAAGAGAGAUGCUAUAUUUUAGAAAAAAGAACAAAUCAUGUCAAAAGUACUUAUUAAGGGCCUCUUAUGUGCCAGAUACUGGUAAGCACUGAACAUACAAAGAUAGGCCAAAAAAAAAAGUCCCUUUUUUUCAAGGGGCUUAGUCUAAUAAGAGAACAAGUUUGAGAGCGAUGAUUUAGUUUUACUGUUGCUCUUUAAAGAUAAAAACUACCAGAACAUCUCUUUGAGCUCUGGACAACGAGAGUGAUUUAUAUCAUCCCUAGUCAUCAAAGAGAUUCAGAGAUACCUUACUGAAGGUGAAAUAUCAUUUCAGAGGAAAUCUGAGCCAGGUUGAAAACAAAACAAAAAUAAGAGACAAGAAACAGAAAGGAGCUUGGAGUUAGCCUUCAUUAACCAGAAAUUCAACACAUCACAUUAGCACAGUUCCCAAGAAUUCUAGCGAAAUGGGACUUUCCUCUAAGUACAGUGCAGCAUGUGACUCCUCUCCCAUCUCAGGCCCAAGUCCCAGCAGAUUUACCUGAGAGAAAACAGGAGUAUCAAUUUGCAUUUACUGACAUUGUUUCAAAUGAUACAGGGUUAUAGAAGGUGGGGAGACAAGCUUGUGUAGCAAAAGGAAACUAAACUAGGAUAAUGGACAACUACAAAUAAUGACAGACAAGAAUCCUUACAUAUCACCAAAACAAAACCAAAAAAAAUUUUGCUAGUUUAUGUAUGUCAGUUUAAGUAUUUAAACUGGAUUCAUGUUAAAGAUCUUUAAAUACUUAUUGAUAGUUUUUUUUUUCUGCUAUAAGUUUUACUUCUGGCUAAACAAGAUGACAAAGUGCAAUCACACUCUUCUAUUUAAAUCCAAAAAUUCCAUGAAAUUCAUAAUGUUGCUUCACCCCACAUGAUUAAUAAAGAUUAACCCUUUGGAAGGAACCUUUAAAACAGCAAGUUUGGGCUAUGUGACCAUUGUUCUGAAACCAGAUUCCUCUGAAAUGGACCAGAUGUGUAUUUUCCAUUGGAAGGCAUUAUUCAUCUUAAACUUUUUCAUCUCCAUAGCUUCCAUUUUUGCAUUAAAAUAAAAGGAAAUUAUAAAAUUUGCAAAAUAUUAGGGAUUAAAUUAUGUAAAUAUUAAGCCUAUAUCUUCUCAUGCAUUAUACAUGAACUUCCUUCCCAUUUCAAAUUAUUCUGUGGUGUUGCAAUAUUUUGCUUAACAUCUGAAUUGAAAUGAAGCCAGCAUAGGGUCAGCAUCCAGCAUCGUGUUUGGGAGAUCAAGAGACAGAAAAGUCUGUCAUUGUAAUCAGUGCAGCAUGCACCUGGUUGAGAGACCUCAGACACCUGGACACACUUUAUUUCUGAAUUUUUUCUUCAAAGUUCAGCCUUGAGAAUAAAAGUUCUUUCCUUUGUUUCAUCAUUUGUUCAUUUGUUUGUUGGCACAUUUGUUCAUUCCUCCCUCUGCCCUCCGUUUCCUUCCUUCACUGUGUUAUUUCUCAACUACUGCAAUAACUAGACAACUAUCAAGCUACCUUUGCCUUAAACUUCACUUAAAUGACAUGAAGAGUUGGUGAUUGAAGUUACUGUAGUUAAGGCCCAGUCCAGCUUUCAUUUAUCAUUGCGUUAAAAAUUUAUCACAGAAAGCAGACUAGGAAACAACUUAAAAGUAACAGGCAUUGUGCAGACAAAGUUUUCUUACAUAUAUACAUUUGCAAUGUAUACGUUUGGUUGUCCAGGAUCUUCUGCCAAAGCACAAUUCAUAAAGAUAAUACUAGGAAUAGCUGUAGUCAUAACAAACCUUUUUAUUAAAAAGAAACCAUUCCUACUUUUGACUUUUUAUUCAGGAUCUGAUCUGUAUGUUACCAAUUAGAUUAUUAGGUUCUGACUCUCAGAUUUAUCAUUCUCCCCAGAAUGGUUCUGAAAAGGGAUAUCCUUUUGGUGGGGGUGACUCCUAUUUGUCAUUUGCCUUAUGGACAUUUGCUCUUUAAACAUGGAGUCUGUGGCUAGAGAUUUUGGGGAAAUCAUAUUUCCAAGAAAAUGAAGUUCUUCCCAUUGCAAUAACACAAAAGAAAAAGUGAGAAGUGGAAUUAGUGGAAUUUAGCCGAUUGUGAUCUGCUAAAAAUGCUACAUGUGAGCAGGAAAGGGAAAGCACACAUGCACAAUUGUUAAGAAGCAAAGCACUUUUGCACAGUUAACAAGAAUUUAUUAAGCACCUACUGUGCACCAGGCGCUGUGAUUGGCUGGGGCUACAAGGGACAGCUUAAAGAAUAGGUCAAAAUUGGAAUAUGAUGUAGAAGGGGAACCUCUGUUCUAAUAUAAUCCAUUCAUCUAUUCUUUCCUGCCCAUGAAGAAAAAGUAAUACCCCAAAAGAAACAAGAUGUGUCACAAGAAAACAAAUGUUCAAGAAGGAAUUUAGCUAAACAACGGAUUAAAUGUUGACCAUCCUGUCUUAGUAAAGGAUUUUUUUCAAGGAGGUACAGGCUGCCACAACUUUUAUCAAAUUUCUUGUUUGUUUUUUUUUGAUGGAAGUUUCUUGAUUAGAUGCUAAUUAACAGACCCUGAACCAUAAAAUAAAUCUGGAUGUCUAAUAAAAUUCUGCUAUUCAUUCAUCACA